GCCAUGCUGGGAAGAAGACCUUCAUGUUUCUCAGGCAUUCUUGUGUCAUGGAACGUGCUGCUGCUGUGCCUCAGUAUCUGCCUCUGCCAUCCAAAUCAGGCCGAGGCAGCUCCAAGCAUCUCCGGGAGCAAUGCUGCAACACAGACAGUGGAUGUGCACAGUCUGACCGUAGCCUGCACAGUUGCAUCUCGUUUUGCUCACACCGUUCUGACCUCCAGGGCUAUGAACAAGGCGAAUUCCUCACAGGAAAUCUUCUUUGAAGUGGAGCUGCCUAAGACUGCCUUCAUCACCAACUUCAGCAUGGAGAUUGAAGGUCAGGUCUAUGUUGGGGAGGUGAAGGAGAAAGAGAAAGCCAAGAAGCAGUAUGACAAGGCUGUUUCAUCAGGAAAAACUGCUGGACUGGUCAAGGCUUCAGGAAGAAACAUGGAGAAGUUUUCUGUGUCUGUCAACAUUGCUGCUAAUAGCAACGUGACUUUUGUUCUGACCUAUGAGGAGCUCCUCCAGAGGAAACUGGGCCAGUAUGAGAUUGUGACCCGGGUAAAACCCAAGCAGCUGGUCCAGAACUUUCAGAUUGUGGUCGACAUCUAUGAGCCUCAGGGCAUUGCCUUUGUUGAUGCCCAUGGAAAUUUCCUGUCCAAUGAGCUGCUCCCUCUAGUGGAGAAAACUGUCACAAACAACAAGGCACACAUAUCUUUUUCACCAACGCUGGAACAACAGAGGAAGUGUCCAGGAUGUGAUGGCACAUUGAUCGAUGGAGAUUUCAUCGUCAAGUACGACGUGAACCGGGCAACAAGUCUGGGAGACAUUCAGAUUGUGAACGGAUACUUUGUGCACUUCUUUUCUCCACCCGAUCUACCCAGAGUCCCUAAGAAUGUGGUGUUUGUGAUAGACAGGAGUGGUUCAAUGGGUGGGACAAAAAUGCAUCAGACCCGGGAAGCAUUGCUGGAGAUCCUCAAAGACCUCCAUAUGGAGGACUACUUUGCUCUUAUCCCCUUUGAUGAUAAAAUUACUCCUUGGAAGCCUUCUCUUAUGAAAGCAACAAAGGAAAAUGUAGCUGAAGCCAUGAAAUAUGUCAGAAGGAUACGUGACAAUGGAGGAACUAAUAUCAAUGACGCUGUGUUGAGAGCUGUGAAGAUGCUGAUCAACGACAGGAAGAACAAUAAUGUCCCAGAGAGAAACUUGGAUAUGAUUAUUUUACUGACUGAUGGAAUGCCAAAUUCAGGAGAGAGCCGUCUCCCAAAGAUCCAAGAGAACGUGCGUCGGGCUAUCAAUGGGAACAUGUCUCUGUUCUGUCUGGGCUUUGGAAACGACGUGGACUACUCCUUCCUGGAUGUCAUGGCCAAACAAAACAAGGGAGUGGCCCGCAGAAUCUACGAGGCCUCGGAUGCAACUCUUCAACUGCAGGGUUUCUAUGAGGAGGUGGCCAGCCCUCUGCUCUCAGAAGUGGACCUGCGUUAUCCUGACAACACAGUGGAGUUUGUGAGCACCAACCACUUCAGACAGUUGUUCAACGGCUCCGAGAUCGUGGUGGCUGGUCGACUGAGUGACAAUGACAUAGACAACUUCCUGGUGGAAGUGUUCGCCAACGGGCCUGAGGAGCACUUCCAGGUGCAGGGCCAGGCCAGGGCUUUGGACUGGCAUGUAACCUACCCAGAGCAGAAGUACAUUUUUGGACACUUCACUGAGCGUCUGUGGGCUUACCUCACCAUCCAACAAUUACUGGCGAAGAGUGAGAUUGGUACUCAGCAGGAUAAAGAAAAUGCCACAGCAAAGGCCCGGGACUUAUCCCUGCAGUACAGCUUCGUCACCCCUCUCACCUCCAUGGUGGUCACCAAGCCUGAGGCUGAGGACGGACCAGGCAGCCCCCUCAUCGCUGACAAGUUAACCGAGGACCAGCGGCAGAGUGAAGAGAGAAAUCAUGCACUUGUCAAGCAAGGUGGUCAUUCAAGCCAUGCUUCCAUGCCCCAUGAUCAGUUUGAUGUGGAUGGAGAUCCCCACUUCUUGAUAGAGCUGGCAGACAGAGAGGAAGGGCUGUGCUUCAAUAUUGAUGACAAACCAGGAACCAUUUUCAACCUGGUCAGAGACCCAACAACAGGCAUUUUGGUCAAUGGACAGAUCAUUGAAAAAAAGAAGGUGCACCCUGAUGGAAAAAUCAGCACCUAUUUUGGCCGUUUUGGCAUCAUCCAUCAGACUCUGGGGGUGAGGCUGGAGGUGACGACUGAGGACAUUUCAGUGUCCCAGGACGGCAAACAGGUCAAGCUGCUGUGGUCUGAUACAGCCUCUCUGAAAGGGCCCAAGAUGGACCUCAGACUGACUGAGAACUGCAGCCUGACAGUGACCAUGAGGGACUCGGUCAAAUUUAUGAUAAUCCGACACACAAAGGUGUGGCAGAAACGCCACUACCAACAGGACUACCUGGGUUUCUACACCCUGGACAGCCACCUCCUGUCCCCUGUUGCUCACGGCCUGCUAGGUCAGUUUUACCACGGGAUUCAGUUUGAGGUGGGAAACCAGCAUCCAGGUGGAGUCCUGGAGGAACAACGGGCCACCAUGUAUGUGAAGGGACAAGCGCUCAAUGUGACCAGACACUUGCAGAGGGAAUUCAGCAGGGAUGUGAAGAAUGGUGAGAAGGUUCCCUGCUGGUUCGUUCACAAUAAUGGAGCGGGCCUCAUCGAUGGAAGCGCCUCGGACUACAUCGUGUCAGGCCUCUUUCACACUGUUUAAAUCUCUUAAACUGAAAAUCUCAAUGGUAUUGCACUAGGGUCACAUGGCUCAGAGCUAUGUGCAGGAUGAGAAUGUCAAAUAUGGAAGAUAUGGACGCCCCUAACACUGCCACCUGUCUGCAUCACAGCACAUACACACUAAUGGACACAUUUACUGAACAAUAAUAGGCCAACUACUUUUACCGAGUACCAAGCAGCAGAUGCAAAUGAACACAAAGUUUAUCAUCAUCUGCAUUCAUACUUCAUAUUAACAGCCCGGGCCACAACAACAACAAUCAUGAAUAGAGACAUAUUUUCAUUCUUUAGCUGACUGAUUGAGCCAUUAAGGAAUAAUUAACACAUCAAUGAAAAAAAGAUGAGAAAAUGAACUGUAUUUGCUGUAUUUCAGGGCUUAUUUUGUUCACAUUUGUAAUUUUGAUAGACUUUGUAGUAAAAUCCAUCAAAAACAAACAAACAAACAGAUUGGGUCAGUAGCUCAAUGAUUGAUUUUGCACUUAAAAAAAAAAAAAAAAAAAAAUCCUCUAUUUUGUAUCUUUCUGUUUUUGAAUGUUUCCUGAAAAUGAAAGAAAGAACCUCCCUCAAAAUCUAUUAUUCUCUCUCCGACCAUGUUUUUAUGGCAUUUUCAUCAUUAAUGUUACAAUGACACGUUUCUGUCUACGAGCUUUGAGUAUACAAAAUCAUCAGUAAUCAUGAUUUUUAUUGAUAAAAAGCAACAACCUUAGUGUCUGGCCAGCUUCUGUUGAUUGCUAUUUGGCUAAACUAACUUUCUCUCAUCUAUUAAAGUGUUUCAUGUGUACUUUGACUGCAGCAACCUUUUGGCAGCUUGUAUCGGGGCAGGGCUGCUGGGAUGAGGCGGGUCAGCAGGUCAUGGUGUAAACUUACAUUCAUUCUCUACAGCCUUUCCCAUAAUGUUACCUAUAACCAACUUAUUCCUAACCCUAAUCAUAUCCCUGACCUUAUCCUAACCGCAACCUCAACCCUAACCUUAACCAGUAAGCCAAAAUGAACAACCAAAAUGUAAAAAGUGAGCUCCCAGGGUUUGUCUGCUAGAUUGUAGUGGAAUGGGGGUUGGGUUUGUUUACAUAGAAAAGUGUCGUGACAUAGAAAUGCUUUGAACCCCAUGCAUUUCAAGGGAGUGGUGUGCUCUUUCUGGCCAAAGAGGUGAGGCAAUGCAAUAAAGCUGCAAUUUUUUUUUUUUUUUUUUUUUUUUUUUUGCAGGGUGUGAGCUGGAAAAGUUGAAACUAUUUAAACUUUUGAGGGGAUAGAGCACACCAGGACACCGAUCAUUAACAAGGGGGCUGGAACUUAAAAAACAACAGCCAUAACACAUCUCUCCCCUCCACCCUCUUGUGCCCAUGCCUAGUUGCCUGUCUUCAGUGUGCCUUGCAUUUUUUUGUGUGAAUGGCGCCAUACUCAGGAUUUAACCAUUAUGAUUGGGCUUCUCAGUUACCGCCUUAUCUGGAAUAUUGGGCCUUGUCAAAAAAGCCAUAAAUAUUUAAACCUCUGUCAAGACACCCACUUGAUUACCUACUGGUUGUUUCCCCAUUAUGUAGGCAGUUGGUUGUAUUUGAUGGUUGUUUAUGCUCUGUGUUUGAAAUUAAAUAAUGCUGUAGAAGCCACAUUCUCUCAUUUCGAGUUUGACCAGCAGGUGGUGCUGUUUCGCCCUUUUGUAGAAAUAAGUCAUUGUGCGCUCAUUCACCAUAAUUACAUAUUAUGACAAUUCCUAAAAAGGAAGCGAUUCAUUUUAUGACUGAGUGCCAAUGUCAUGAAAAUUUAUUUUUUAUUUUUAUUAUUAUUAUUAUUAUUAUUUUUAAGCACUAAUAUAUAUUGUUUGAUGAAUGAAGCAAGUGUGGUCAUGUUUUGCUUUAUUAUCCAAACCACUGUAUUAUCACAGCUUUAAAGAAUUUAUUACAUAAAAUAAAUAGGUGAACUUUUGUCUCUAGAGAAAUUUUGUCUCUGUCCACACUGUCACACUGGCCCACAGGAGCCCACCAGGAUUUCUCCCAGUACUCCAAAAAUGAUAUGACAUAAGAUGAAAUUUGGUUUUGUAUCAUAUUACUAGCCCAGUGUAAGUAAUAUCCAAGUUUAUGACUCAUCUAUGUUGGAUACUGGACUCUGAUUGUUCAGUUAAAACAUUCUACAGUCCAUCAUUUCUGACUGUCGUCGAGGCUGUGGUCAAUCUGCGACCUCGCCACCACACCUGUUUGUUCCAAA